AUGGCCACGCAGGAUGAGAAAGUCAAGUGGGUGGAGGGAAGCCCUUUCAUGGUCGAUGGCUUCCGUUUCACGAACCCGCGAUGCAGACACUAUUUACUGACGCAUUUUCACUCAGACCACACAACAGGGUUGUAUAGAUCAUUCUCCGCGGGUAAAAUUUAUUGCUCUCACGGCACUGCAAACCUGAUCGUCGAACUACUGGGGGUAAACCGGGAGCGCGUGGUGGCCCUCCCGAUGGAUACGCCGGUGCUUGUGGCUGGGUUCGAGCUGACCUUAAUCGACGCCAACCAUUGCCCCGCGGCAGUCAUGUUCGUCAUUCGCGAUCCCCGUCCAGGGGGGCGCACUACGUUACACACCGGUGAUUUCCGAGCGGCCGAGAGCGUCUGCAAAAACCCCGUGGUCAAGUCCUUGAAAGGAAGACUAGACUCCCUCUACCUCGACACUACCUAUUGCGGACCGCGUCAUACAUUUCCGGAUCAGUCCGAGGUGCUGAAACAGGCUACGCAGCUCGUGCAGAUGGAGCUUAAACGGGACCCAAACACCCUCUUCCUAGUGGGGACCUAUUCCAUCGGAAAGGAGAAAGUUCUCGAGGCGGUGGCCAAGGCAACUGGCAGUCGGUGUCUCGUAACUUCCCGUAAGGCCCGAACGAUGCGGCUCUCCGGCGCGUGGGAUGACACGGCGUACACCACCCACGAUGCCACAACAGGAGGGGGCACGCUCGAUGGCGAUGGCGAUGCGCCGGGAUACGCCCGAGUGCGCGCGGUUCCCCUUCAGGACACGAAUUCUCCCGCGACGCUGCGGGAAGUCUUGGCCAAGGCGAGGGCGGGCGGCGCCCCGUUCACCAGCGUGGUGGGUGUGAGGCCGACGGGGUGGACGCACACCAACGUGCGUAAGGGGGGAGGGGGCGAAGGCAAGGCCGGGGGUAUCCAGUCUUCGAUUGGAGGGCGGUCCGCGUCUGCCGCUGCUGGCGGCCAGGCGGUAAGAUCCGGAGCGGAGGGACGCGGAGAAACAGAAGAAGAGGGCUCCGGGAUAUCUUCCAGCAGCAAACCACAGGAUAGUGUUGGCGAUGACAUCAGCGGGGAUCCUGAGUUCCUACCUGGGUGGGAAGAGCAGGACGAUGAGGCGGCGGCAUGGGGAGCUGGAUUAGAGGCGGAUGGGAACGAGGAGACCGUGCAGGUGGCGGCGAACGGCGUGGGUGUCGUGCCGCCCCCGUCGAGCUCGUCUUCGUCGUCAUCCGCUGUUGCUGGUCCAGCCGUAGGAACGUGGACCGGAAAGAAGCCGUGGGUGGAUGGCGUCGCGAGAGUUUACUCGCUCCCGUACUCGGAGCACAGCUCCUUCACCCAGCUGAAGGACUUCGUGCGAACCGUUAGGCCAAAGAAAAUCGUCCCUACUGUCAAUGCAGUCUCUUCGGCCUCGGUGGAGAAGAUGCUCAGCCAUUUUUUGGAAUUCAUGGACCUAUCCUCGGACCGAAAGCGCCUGGAAUCGUACUUUUGCAAGCGUGACCCUCCCAGUGCAACCGCAUCUCGAGGCAUCGAUAUGCUUUGUUCUCCCGGCGCUAGGGCGCCCAAUCCGUUCAAGUCCCCAGCUGAAAAGCGACGAAAGACCGCAAACAGCUCUCCCGGGUGGCCGCCGAACCUCUUCCCCGCCGAAAAACCUUCGCGCCCACCGUUGAAGGCAGCAGAAAGAAAUUUUUUCCACGAAAACGACGCGACAUCUGGUAUUACGAUGAACGAGUGUCCAUGCGUCCUGAGAAGAGAAGGGGAGGCCCUGCAUUCGAGGGCGGGGGAGCAGCCUUGUGGUGAUGCGGGACCUCUUCCGGAAGCGACAUGGACCGCCGAGGUGGCAGUGCCGGCGGCGAUGCCUGCCCGGUCUUUUAUAGCUGAUGCCGGCACGCGUGCCUCUUCCACGCCCUCCGCCGUUGAGCUGGAUCUUGUUGACGUGGAAGCGCAAAAGGCCAUAAUGGCUGACAUCGAGCGCCGCAAGCGCGGGCAGCAGGAAGCAAAGGCAACCGGAGCCCACGAUUCGCAGUCCGGAGACAACUCGCUGGGGAGUAGUAGAAAAAGUACGCCUGGGUCCGGGCGGAAACGAAACAACUCUAGCACCAGAAGCGACAAUGGUCGCUCAGCGGACGCUAGCUUGCGAGGGUUUUUCGGCGGCAACGUCGUUUCGGAUGCGAAGGGGACGAGAACGCUUGCGGAGUCCGUGGGUGGGUGCAGAGGCCAGGAGGUGCUGACGAUAGACGACGAGGACUGUGGCGCGGAAAGGCCGGAACCCAUGGAUAUUCGCGACUUUUUCUCGCGGCGUAAAUAAGGCUGGCGGGCUCACCGGUAGACUCGUAGGGAAUGACGAAGGAUAUGGUCGGUGGACGAGGCCUCGCGGGCGAUAGAAACGGAUGUCCGUUUUUGUCUCCGUCACAGCUGCAAUCUCGACCGUCUACUGGACAGUCUACUUGCAGGUUUGACGACGUAAUCUCCUUCCAUAGCCGAUGUCCACGGAUUGUCCCCGUUCGGGGGGUUCCUUGAUAGCCAUUCUGAUGUGUCUUGUGGACUGCUGCAAAGCGGAUCUCUUGUAUCUCGUUGCAGCUAAAAUAAAGGCGUGGGUGACCUCUUGAAGAAGGCACUGCUGUCACAACUUUGGGCUUAUUGUACGCGCGCGAGGCUGGCAAUAAGGUGCGCGUGGUGUCGCAGCUGAUAUUCCCACCCAUUGACAGCGUGGGAGCAUCGUUGACAUGGAACAUUGUGACGUCGACCGUCGCUCGUUGAAGUCGAACAUCGUUGAUUGAUCUCGAGUAUUGCUGAUUUCGAUAAUCGUUGACGUCGCGCAUCCUUGAAGCCGAGCAUCGCUAGCAUCGAGCGUCGUUGAGGUCGAGCACCGUUGACAUCGAGCAUCGUUGGCGUCCAGCAUAGUUGACAUCGAGGAUCGUUGAUAUCGAGGCAUCGUUGAGGUCGAACAUCGUUGAUGUCGAGUAUCGUUCAAGUCGGGGCAUUGUUGACAUCGAGCAUCGUU